AUGACUGAGCAAACCACAACAACAACACCAACAAUAAUUGCAACUAUCACGCCGCCACCACCAGCAUCAUCGUCACCCUCAUCGUCUCAACUUUGUGCGACAAACAGAUACCCCUCCUUCGCCAUAUCAAGCACCCCUGGUUUCGGCUUUCGCCAGCGGGAUGGCAUUGAGAUUUCACUGAAAUGUGAUGUUGACUCGAAUCCAUCCAGCACACCCAGAGGGCAGAAUGAUGAUGGCGAACCACCGUUAGAUGUCCAACCCGUUAAAAAACAAAAGGCCAAGAAGAGGAAAAACUCUUGUGUCGAACAUGAAGAUGAAGUAGCAAAUAAAAGCUUCAUUUUGGAGAACACCACUCCUCAUGAUACAGAAGUUGUCACGGUCAACCAUGAGCAAGGGGUUUCCAAGAAAACAAAAAAACGCAAAAACAAAGAAAAAGGUGCCGUCAAGGAGAAACGUUCAAAGUCGCACAAGACUGUUGACAGUGGUGAGGAUGAUGAACAACACGAGGUAGAGCAACAUGAUAAUGACGAAGAUAAUGAUGAUGAUGAUGGAACAAUAGAACCCACCUUAGAACAAUUGAAAGAAAGUGAGAAACCCGAAAAUACAUUAGCCAUAGUCACAGGUCGUCAAAAGAAAAAGCAAAAACAUCAGAAACUUUUGGAGGCACAGAAAGAGCAUUCCAUGGAAAAGGAAAGGCAACGUAAUGAAGAAUAUCUAAAAAAGUGGAAACAUUGUCGUGAAGAUUGGAAAUUUGAAAAACUUCGACAAAUAUCCAUACAACAGAGCAUGUUCGAUGAGAAUAUUUUAAGUACAGAAUAUUGGAAUAUUGCCUUGGAAUAUUUGGCUGGUAGCAAGGGUGCUGCCAAGGACAAAGUUAUUAAAAUGGCAAAUGAUGUUAUCGAUGAAGUCGAUAAACAAUGCGAAGCAAAGGAAACAGAAGAGCAACGACAACAGUUGGUUAAUUCUGUAAAAUAUCAAAGAGCGCGAGAUUUACUACAAAUAUUUGACUGAUGCAAUUAGAUUGUAAUUUGGAAAAAUACCUGAAGUUAAUAAAAAUUUUAAAAUAUUCGACAAUGUUAUUAGAAA